GGUGAUUAAUUUUCUUGGGGGACGAGGAAGUGUCGCUGGGCAGAGCGGGGGCCCCCCCCCAGCGGCGCAGCGGCGGGGCGGCGGGGCCUCGACGCGCCCCGAGGAGGAACGGGUAGCGCCCGGCGGAGAGAACGUUGACAUUAUUCUCUAAGCUAUUUGAAGAGAGUGACUAAAUGCACCUGGGUCAGGCUGCCUGUGGGUAUGAAGUGGUUGGGAGAAUCCAAGAACAUGGUGGUGAAUGGCAGGAGACAUGGAGGCAAGUUGUCUAACGACCAUCAGCAGCAUCAAGCAAAAUUACAGCACACGGGGAAGGACAGCGUGAAGGCUGGCAGAAACGCAGGCGAGAGGAGGUCGAGCAGAUGUAAUGGGAAUUCAGGCUUUGAAGGACAGAGUCGAUAUGUACCAUCUUCUGGAAUGUCUGCCAAGGAACUCUGUGAAAAUGAUGACCUAGCAACCAGUUUGGUUCUUGAUCCCUAUUUAGGUUUUCAAACACACAAAAUGAAUACUAGCGCCUUUCCUCCGAGGAGCUCAAGGCAUUUUUCAAAAUCUGACAGUUUUUCUCACAACAACCCUGUAAGAUUUCGGCCUAUUAAAGGAAGGCAGGAAGAACUCAAAGAAGUAAUUGAACGUUUUAAGAAAGAUGAGCACUUGGAGAAAGCCUUCAAAUGUCUGACUUCAGGAGAAUGGGCACGGCACUAUUUUCUCAACAAGAACAAAAUGCAGGAGAAAUUAUUCAAGGAACAUGUAUUUAUUUAUUUGCGAAUGUUUGCAACUGACAGUGGAUUUGAAAUAUUGCCUUGUAAUAGAUACUCUUCAGAACAAAAUGGAGCCAAGAUAGUUGCAACGAAAGAGUGGAAACGAAAUGACAAAAUAGAAUUACUGGUGGGUUGUAUUGCCGAACUUUCAGAAAUUGAGGAGAACAUGCUGCUUAGACAUGGAGAAAACGACUUCAGUGUCAUGUAUUCCACAAGGAAAAACUGUGCUCAGCUCUGGCUCGGUCCUGCUGCGUUUAUAAACCAUGAUUGCAGACCUAACUGUAAGUUUGUGUCAACUGGUCGAGAUACAGCAUGUGUGAAGGCCCUAAGAGAUAUUGAACCUGGAGAAGAAAUUUCUUGUUAUUAUGGAGAUGGGUUUUUUGGAGAAAACAAUGAAUUCUGCGAGUGUUACACUUGUGAAAGACGGGGAACUGGUGCUUUUAAAUCCAGAGUGGGACUGCCUGCGCCUGCUCCUGUUAUCAAUAGCAAAUACGGACUCAGAGAAACAGAUAAACGUUUAAAUAGGCUUAAAAAGUUAGGUGACAGCAGCAAAAAUUCAGACAGUCAAUCUGUGAGCUCAAACACUGAUGCAGAUACCACUCAGGAAAAAAACAAUACAACUUCUAACCGAAAAUCUUCAGUUGGUGUAAAAAAGAACAGCAAGAGCAGAACAUUAACAAGGCAGUCUAUGUCAAGAAUUCCAGCUCCUCCCAACUCUACCUCAUCUAAGCUAACUCCUAUAAAUAAUUCCAGGGUACCAAAGAAACUGAAAAAACCUGCAAAGCCUUUACUAUCAAAGAUAAAAUUAAGAAAUCAUUGCAAACGGCUGGAGCCGAAGAGUGCUUCGAGAAAACUCGAAAUGGGAAACUUGGUACUGAAAGAGCCUAAAGUUGUUCUGUACAAAAAUUUGCCCAUUAAAAAAGAGAAGGAGCCAGAGGGACCAGUGGAGGCCACGGUGGCCAGCGGGUGCUUAACCAGACACGCGGCGAGAGAGCACAGACAGAACUCGGAGCGAGGUGCCCCUUCGCACGCGGAGGGCAGCCCCUGCACCUACACAACCAGGCGGUCCAUGAGGACGAGGAUGACCUUGAAGGAGACCUCCGACAUCAAGCUUGAACCAAAUACGCUGGAUGGCUAUAGAAGUGACUUGACAGAACCUUGCCCCGAUGGCGGCGAGCAGCCCGCUCCCGCGGCGCCGGACGAAGAGCUGGGCCACGAAGCUGCACAGAAAGGGGAAGGCAGGUGUCCUAAGAGCGACAGCAGCACGCCCAAAAAGAAGUCACAGCCGGGGAAGCUGGUGCGGCAGCUGGCAAAGACCGAGGAAGCCAGUCCCGUGCACGAGGCCCCAGGCAGGGCCGGCGUGGGGCCAGAGGUGGCGGGGGCCCACCCCGACUCGGGCGAGCACAGCGGCGAGGGCGUGCCUGCGGGCUACGCCGACUGGGCCCCUUCGCCUGUCAGUGCUUCCGUGGUGACGUCAGAGAGCUUCAAAACAAAAGACGGCUUCCGAACUGCGAAAAGUAAAAAAAAGAGGCGGAUCACGAGGUAUGAUGCACAGUUAAUCCUGGAAAAUAACUCUGGGAUUCCCAAGUUGACUCUUCGCAGACGUCAUGACAGCAGCAGCAAGACAAAUGACCAAGAGAGCGAUGGGAUGAAUUCUUCAAAAAUCAGCAUCAAGUUGAGUAAAGACCAUGAAAAUGAUAAUAACCUCUAUGUAGCAAAGCUGAACAAUGGAUUUAACUCAGGAUCAGGCAGUAGUUCCACAAAAUUAAAAAUCCAGCUAAAGCGGGACGAGGAAAGUAGGGGGCCGUACACAGAGGGGCUUCAUGAAAACGGGGUGUGCUGUAGUGAUCCCCUGUCCCUCCUGGAGUCACGUAUGGAAGUGGAUGACUACAGUCAGUAUGAGGAGGAGAGCACAGACGACUCCUCCUCUUCGGAGGGAGAUGACGAGGACGAGGAGUAUGACGAUGACUUUGAAGACGAUUUUAUCCCUCUGCCUCCGGCCAAGCGGUUGAGGCUCAUAGUUGGGAAAGACUCUAUAGAUAUUGACAUUUCUUCCAGGAGGAGAGAAGAUCAGUCUUUGAGGCUUAACGCAUAAUAAGCUCUUGGUCUUAACGUGACCCGGGAUAACUACUUUAAAGAAAUAAAAAAUUCCAGUCAAUUAUUCCUCAACUGAAGACGUUUUAGUGGCAGCACUUCUAUUGUCUCUUCACUUAUCAGCAUAAUACUGUAGAAAGUGUACAGCGUACUGACUCUUCUUAAAAAAGUCUGAUUUGUGCAAAUUUUUAUUGUACUUUUUAAAUAGCCUUCUUAUGUGCAAUUCUGAGUUAGAGGUAAAGCCCUGUUGUAAAAUAAAGGCUCAAGCAAAAUUGUACAGUGAUAGCAACUUUCCACACAGGACAUUGAAACCAAUAAUGUGGCUACACAGUUUCUUUUUUUUUAACUUUAAAAGCAUCAACUGGCUCUUUAAUAUAUGACUAAACAAUAAUUUAAAACAAAUCAUAGCAGCAGCAUAUUAAGGUUUUCUAGUAUAUGCUAAUAUCACCAGCAAUGACCUUUGGC